UCCGCAGGCGGCCCCGGGCUGUGCGCCUGCGCGGCGCCCCGCGGUGAGAGCCGCCGCCAUGACGUCCGCGCUGGAGACCUACAUCAACCGUACUGUUGCAGUAAUUACUUCUGAUGGAAGAAUGAUUGUGGGAACACUCAAAGGUUUUGAUCAGACCAUAAACUUGAUUUUGGAUGAAAGCCAUGAACGAGUGUUCAGUUCUUCACAAGGAGUUGAGCAAGUAGUGCUAGGCUUAUACAUUGUAAGAGGUGAUAAUGUUGCUGUGAUUGGUGAAAUUGAUGAAGAGACAGAUUCUGCUCUUGACUUGGGGAAUAUUCGAGCUGAACCUUUAAACUCAGUUGUGCACUGAAAAGAUAAAAGACUUUGUAAAUCUUUGGUUGUACAGACCUAUUUAGCAAUGUGCACAGUUUUUACAAAUUGUGUUUAAUUUGUUUGGUCACCAGUUUUUUAUUAUGAAUAUGUUGUAGUUUUGCAUGUAAAUUAAAGUUUCUACAUUUUGCUAAAGAUACUUUAAUUG